AUGUUCAACUCUAGCGACAUCGUCAAUGCUGGCAAGGAGACCGUCACCCUCGUUCCCGGUGCUUCAACAUUCGACAGCGCCGAAUCCUUUGGCAUGAUCCGUGGCGGCCACGUAGACGUCUCUAUCCUUGGUGCGCUGCAGGUCAGCGCCACGGGCGACUUGGCCAACUACAUGAUUCCCGGCAAGGUGUUCAAAGGCAUGGGUGGUGCUAUGGACUUGGUGUCUAAUCCUGACAACACCAAGAUCGUCGUCGCGACUGAGCAUGUUGCCAAGGACGGCUCUUCCAAGAUUGUGCAGGACUGUAGUCUGCCGUUGACUGGUGCUCGUGUUGUCAGCACAAUCAUUACUGAUCUGUGUGUCUUUGAGGUUGAUCGCAAGAAUGGCGGACUAACACUAACCGAGGUCGCGCCCGGUGUCGACGUUGAAGAAGUGAAGUCGAAGACGGACGCAACAUUUGAGGUCGCAAAGGAUCUGAAGACGAUGGAGUGA